AUGACAACGUUAGCAACGUCACGUCUAUUGUUGCCACCGCCGCCACAAUUGUUACCCAUUUUGUCCGCUGCCGCCGCGUUGUCGUCGGAAACGUUGGCGCACAAAAUGCAUCCGGAUAAAUUAUUAAUGCAUGCGCAUGGAGUGACAAGUCCACGAUUGUGUCCCACCGGUCAGUUGAUGGUCAAAGCUACACCACCACCACCAUCUAUAUCAAGUGACAGUCCGUUGCAAUAUCCGGCAACAAUUGCCGAUGACGAUGAACUGACAGGUGACAUGAAUGACGAAGUGGCAAGUGUGUGUGACAGUGAAGAUAGUGAACUGUCAGUUGGACAGGAAAACUGUGAUAGAAGUAAUAAUAAUUUGAUAUCUUCAGCUGACAGUGGUUGUGUAUCACGACCAUCGUCGGUGAACGGAAAUAACCGAUUAACGGAGGAAUUAAUUGAUCCAUUUGCAAUGGCUGCCCUUCGAAUACCUGCAGCAGCCGCAGUAGCAGCAUCAAGUGUGCCUAUUGUCCGGCCAAGUCCUACACGAUUUCAAGAGGAAUUUUUAAGAAAAUCACAUAUUUAUGCUGAAGAAUUGAUGAAGCAACAAAUGCAAUUUAUGGCUGCAGCACGGGCGAGUGCGUUUUCGCUGCGACAUUCGGCGAAUACCGAGCAGGUGACGGAAAAUAUCAAUAAUUUUUCCGGCAUCCAUUCUCACCUGUCAGCGAUAUCGAAAAUGACACAAAUGUCACAGAUGGCAGCGCAAAAUGGUGGCGGUGAAUCGGCUUUGAGUAAACUGACCGCAUUCGGAUUGGUCGCUCAAUCGGCGGCUUCGGCGAAUUCGUCAGCGUCGAGCUUAAAUCAGCUGCAGCAACAAAUGCAAGCUCAUCUGCCAUUUAUGAAUAAUAACAUCCAUGAGCCGAGUUUGAAGUUUAGCAUAGACAAUAUUUUGAAAGCGGAUUUCGGUCGGCGGAUAACCGAUCCGCUGAAUAAGCUUGGUGGGGGUGGUAAUGGGGGAGCGGGAGGCUCUUCGCGAGCAAGAAAUAACAAAAGGGCGGAUAAAAAUUUAUCAUCAGCAACCAGUGCCAAAGUUGUCGGUGGCGUCGGUAAUGCAGUCGCUACAGCGACAACUGGAACGCCAAUAGAUUUGACAAGCGUUUGUAAUAAUGUGGGGGUGGCGUCAGCGACAGCGACGUCAUCCCUUAUAAGCAAUCACUGCACUAAUAGCAAUGAUUCAACGAGUACAGUAUUUAGUAGUAACUACAGUACCCCAGUGAAAUCGCCAACGAGUGCGUCCAGUGCAACAACAAAUGCGGCAUCACCGUCGGAAACGGGAGCGGGAGCUGAUAAUUCAGCUGAAGCUUGUGGCAGUGGGAAUGCGAGUACGAGUUCGGGCAGCGGAAAUGGUGGUUCCGGCUCAAAUGGACCAAUAGUUUGGCCAGCGUGGGUUUAUUGUACUCGAUAUAGUGAUCGACCUAGUUCAGGUUAG